GUCAAUGACGUCAUCAAAAGUGUUACUAAAACGUAUGUUCCCACACAUGUCAUAACUACCGGCUUGGAGAGCGUCAUUGUUACCGUGGAUCUAACCACGGUGAAACUGGGGCAGUUAUCUCCUUGGCGCUGUAGAAACCUCGGGACGAAAUCGUCCGAGUACCCUGGCGGCUCUAUAGAUGCUACCAGUAGCUACCUUAGCUAGCAUAGCGGGUGAACUUUAACCAUCGCUGCUAACUGAGUGACGUUCAACUCCAUCCAACUCAAGCGACGCUCACCAGGCAACAAGGGAAGCUCUCGCCGAAUUCGAGGACGGAUCUGAGCUCCACAGUAGUGCAGGUUUGUGGCGCUAACCGCCAACGAGCAGGGCUGAUUGUCCAGUCCGACAUCCUUUCAACGUUCGAGGUCAUUCUACGGCGUCCGUCUAGCCGGCUGUUGCCCGGAAGCUAGCGCAAGUCAUGAAGAGCCUCCCGUAUUUCUGCCGGGGAGAGGUCAUUCGAGGCUUCGGCAGAGGAAGCAAGGAACUGGGAAUUCCCACAGCCAACUUUCCCGACUCGGUGGUGGACAAUCUUCCAGCAGAUAUCGGCACAGGAAUCUACUACGGCUGGGCCUGUGUCGGUAACGGGGAUGUCUACAAGAUGGUGAUGAGCAUUGGCUGGAACCCAUACUACAAAAAUACCAAGAAGUCCAUGGAGACCCACGUUAUUCACACUUUCAAAGAGGACUUCUAUGGAGAGAUUCUAAGUGUUGUCAUGGUGGGCUACAUCCGUCCAGAGAGAAGCUACAACUCACUUGAAGCGCUCAUUGCAGCCAUAAACAACGACAUUGAGGAGGCCAAGGCCCAGCUGGAGCUUCCAGAGCCUCUCAAACUACGAGGCGACAACUUCUUCACCAGCGCGCCCAGCCCGUCCUCCGCUCCGACCCCGAGCAGCGCGUCCACAUCACAGACUAUUCUGAAUGGUCACUGACAGCCGGCUCUGAACACACGCUGGUGUAUGCGUUCAUUAAAAAUGCAGAUCCUCAUUCUGAGAUCUCUUUGCUGUCAUUAUGGCUCCACGUGGACAUAAUCUAAAACAACCAAUCCUUCUUUUUUCCAUUGUGUUUUUCUUCCUUCUUUGGCCCAACUGUUUGUGUUGCUUUGUUUCAGCCACUCAAUAGAUGUUCAUUUGUAUAUUCCUACAGCAGAUUUCUUGUUUAUAACUGAAAACACAAAUGGUCCAUAAACUCAACUCUGUGAAUGCUCUCAAGCCAAGGUUGAAAAAAAAAAAAAAAGCUCUGUAUGUCCUUUACUGUCAACAUUUGUUUCUGUGGCAGAUGUUCAGAGAGAGAAAGCCUGGGCAUUAUUAUCUGUAACAAAGACACUGCUCACACUGUUAGAUGAAUAUGCAACAAUGUAGCGAAAUGCAAGACGUGUAAAGAUGUGGAGAUUAAAUUGUUAAUGUAAAUUUAGAGGGGUCAGUCUUCUCAAAGAGAAUGUCUUUCCCUUCUAGUGAGACACAAGCCCUCUACCGUUUAUCACUGCCGUAAAGUAGGGGACCCUUUUACAUUUGAUUCGGGGUUUUUGAUAAAUAUGCAGAAAUAAAAAUCUUGCAUAAAUUAUUAACCUAUAAAAUAGGUAAGGACUUAUAUUUAACAUUGCUAUAUGGGUUGAAGUGGUACUCUUUUGACACAAACAUAUAUUCAGAACAUUUUUAGAUGAUUCAAGGAAUGCACGUCGUCGUUCUAUUCAGUGCAGCUUGCCUGAUUCUCAGACCUACAGUCCACUAGUGUUUGUGGGUUUGUUACAGAUAGUAAAACAUUGAUACUUGAUGAGCAUAAGGAGCACAACUCCUGUACUCUGCACUUAUUUUUAGGAAAGGCAGCAGUCAUUUGUUCUAAAAAUAUUAGACGUUAAUGCAGACCAACUUUCUCACAAUAUUUUAUGUUCGUUAGCUUCAUUUUACAUUCAUGGGGUCUUUAAAAAUGUUUGUGCUUGCACCUCUAGGUUUUACAAAGAAAAUGGCACCUAACAUGCAACUGUUAAAUUCUUUCAACCACUGUUAAUUGUUUUUAGAGAAUUAUGAAUCUGCAAGUGUUCAUUCGGCAGUAGUUAUUUUUCAUCUCAUUUCUUUUCCAAGAACGAUUCUAUUGUCAGUCUCAUAGGUUUUGUUUUACAGCAGUUUGGUUUUCAAUUGGCAGGGUAAUUAAUGACAGAAUCAAUAGAGGAAGCAGCACUUCACUGUAAUCAUGUUGACAAAUUCACUGCUAUAAAAAUCUUCUCUAUGCUAAAUGCUACAAUAUCAAUUAUAUUCAUCCUCCAAAGCACUUAAUGUACAAAAUAAAUUGGAAUGUAACUUUUGA